AUGAGUCUUACUCCCGUCCCGAUCUCUCUGUUCGCAGAUGCCCAACGGAAACUCCUUCAGAAAGAGCACGAAGCAGAAAAACUAUCCUCCGCCCUCGCGACCAGCUCCACAAACACCGUAUCACCCUCGACUCGACGCACUUUACAAGCAACCGGAUAUGCAUUGACUGGAAUAGUGCUAGAGCAAUGCCGAACGGGUAUGGGUGGGAGGAUAGUCGGUGAGUUCGGGGCGGACGCUGCAUAUGCUACGGAAUCGGCCGAGGAUAGCGAUGGAAGAGCGCGUUUCGGGGCGCAUGGCAUUCGAGUUGGAGAUGUGGUUCGUGUACUUGAGAUAUCGUCCGGCAGGAAAAGUGGUAAGGAGGGCAAAGAAGCUGGUGGGAACAAAUCGAAUGGAGCAGAAGGCGUGGUAAUCAAAGCAUCCGAAAAGGCGCUUUCGGUGGCCUUUGGUCAAACUGGCGGGGGAGCAAAUGCGAAAGCGGAGGAGGAGUCAGUAGAUGAUUUAUGGGGCAAGAAACUAUGGUUAGUCAAACUAGCGAACGAUGUCACGCAUAGAAGACUCAACCAGACGAUGGAGAAGAUGGGAAAAAUGUCCGAGUCAGAACAUACCUACUUUAUGCGAGUUCUUUUCGGGCAUACAACCCCAUCUUCACCCGACUACGACGCAAUCGGCACCGUUGACUUCAUUGAUCCGACCUUAAAUGACUCGCAAAAAGAAGCUAUCCGGUUCGCACUUGCAUCAAAGGAGAUUGCAUUGAUACACGGGCCUCCCGGGACUGGAAAGACGCAUACAUUGAUUGAGCUUAUCUUGCAAAUGACUCGUCGGGAUAUGAGGAUACUCGUAUGCGGUCCGUCGAAUGUGUCUGUGGAUAAUAUCGUGGAGCGUCUCACGCCUCACAAGGUCCCGAUUGUGAGAGUGGGACAUCCAGCUCGACUUUUGCCGUCGGUCUUGGAUCACUCGCUGGAGGUGCUUACUCAAACAUCGGAAGCAGCGGAGAUCGUGCGAGAUGUUCGAAAGGAAAUUGAUGAGAAGCAAGCGAGCAUUCGAAAGACAAGGAAUGGGCGAGAAAGGAGAGAAAUAUAUGGAGAUUUGAAAGAGUUGCGGAAGGAAUUCCGCGAACGAGAAUCAAAAUGCGUUGAGAACCUUGUCACUGGGAGCAAAGUGGUUCUUGCUACACUGCAUGGCGCGGGUGGCCAUCAACUGAAAAACCAAAAAUUUGACGUCGUCAUCAUCGACGAAGCCAGUCAGGCUUUGGAGGCACAGUGCUGGAUUCCACUAUUAACAGCGUCACGAGCUGUACUUGCAGGCGACCAUUUACAGUUGCCACCUACGAUAAAAUCGACCAACAUAGAUGCAAAGAAGAUAAGCAAAUCGAAGGCCAAAGAAGCUGAAAAGGAUUCCUCGGAGUCACUCAAAGGCGUAUCCCUUGAGAAAACCAUGUUUGAUCGACUACUUGCUCUCCACGGACCAUCUAUCAAGCGCAUGCUUACCACGCAAUACCGAAUGCACGAGAAAAUCAUGCAAUUCCCAUCUAACGAACUGUAUGAAGGAAAGCUCAUUGCAGCGGACUCCGUGAAAGGCCGUCUUUUAAAAGACUUACCCUACGGCGUCGAAGAAACAGACGACACAAAAGAACCUUUGGUGUUUAUAGAUACACAAGGCGACGACUUCCCCGAGAAGGCCGAAGAUGAAGAUACCGCCGUAAAGGGGGGUCCACUCAGCGAGAGUAAGAGCAACGAAAUGGAGGCUAGAAUAGCUAUUCGACAUGUCGAAGGUCUGAUCGAUGCAGGUGUUCGACCGGAAGAUAUCGCGGUUGUUACACCAUAUAAUGCGCAAGUUGCUCUGAUUGCGCAGUCGCUGAAGGAAAAGUACCCGGGGAUUGAGAUUGGGAGUGUAGAUGGGUUUCAGGGACGUGAAAAGGAGGCUAUUGUUGUUAGCCUGGUGCGGAGCAACGAGAAACAUGAAGUGGGAUUUCUGGGAGAGAAGCGCCGACUGAAUGUGGCCAUGACGCGGCCCAAGAGACAUCUGUGUGUUUGCGGAGACUCUGAAACCAUCAGCAAAGGCAGCAAGUUCCUCAAAAACUGGAUGUCAUUCCUGGAGGAACAUGCAGAUCUUCGAUAUCCCGACGCUAGCGAGCUGUUUUGA